CUCUAGAUGUAUCCCCGCGUGGCUUACAAAAGACCAGAGUCGGAUGGACGCCUCCCACCGCGGCAGGUACAGCGACUUUGAUGCAAGGGCAGGCGGCGGCGGCGGCAAAAGUAACUUGACGAUAGAACCUUCCGGUAGCGAUGGGCACCGCGGCUUCGCCGCAGAGUCACGCGGAAGCGGAGGCAGCGGUGGAAAAAGGAGCUUGACAGGCAGCCGCUCGAUUUACUCUCUCGACGUCGACCUCCUCUGCACGAUCUUUUCCCUUCUCGACCAUUUCGAUCUGGUCCGAUGCUCCGUCGUCUGCAAGGCCUGGUAUCAUGUAGUCUACACAUCUUCAUUGAUGAGAGAUCUAUAUGAAAAGAGGAAUUCAUGUAUUAAACUCACUGCAAAAUCACUUCCACUGGAAAUAUCUACUAAGCUCUAUCUGGGGGAAUUAGCUAUGGAAGAACAUAAACUGUCUUUUCGAAGGGCAUCGGCCAAAGUUGAUCAAUGGAAUGGUCAUCAUACAAGGGUGAACAUAUGUCGGAUGAAGAGAGGAGUUGUCCUAUCUGGAGUUGGAGAUAAGGUUUUGUCUUCAUCUGAAGUUAUGAGUUUACAUGGUUUUAUACUUUUAUUUGAUCAUGUGCUACGUCUGUGGUCUGCAAAAAGCUGCAAAUACAUGGAUGAAUACAUCAUUCCUGAAACUGACAAACUAGUUGAUUAUGAAUUUGAUGAAAACAAGAUUGUAGGUUUGACAAAUAGUAAAUUAUGUAUCUGGAGGCGUCAUGGUCAAAGGGGUAUCUUUCAAUCUCAUGAAGGUGUCUUCACACGUGGAUUAUGUAUGAGUUAUAUUGAUCCAGAAGCAGUCAUAGGUUGUGAAGAUGGUAGAGUUCGUGUCUUUGAUAUGUAUAGUGGGAAGUGUUCUCGAAUUUUCAGGGUUCACUCUGGACCAGUAACUUGCUUAGCUUUGACUGAUGAUCAAUUAAUUAUUGGUGGAUCCACAUUUGGGAAUAUAGCUGUUGUGGAUUUAACAUCAGGAGAAAGGUUGGCGUUUGCAAGAUCCAACUAUUGUCCUACAGGCCUGAAAACCUUGUCAUACAAUAUGAAUUCCCACUUGUUAUUUGCCGGAUCGACUUCUGGCUAUGCUCACUGUUGGGAUAUCAGGACUAUGAGAUCAGUAUGGGAAACUCGAGUUAGUCCUAAUGUUAUCUACACUGUUCAUCACCUGUCAAUUGACACAUCUACAUUGGCUGUUGGGGGACUAGAUGGUGUUCUUCGAAUACUGGACCAGAGAACUGGUGAAAUCCUUUCGAGUUUGGUGAUGGAUGAUGCCGCAAUAUCAAUCAAAUCCGCCAAUGACAAUCAGAAAGUGAGUGAAAAGAAGGCAAGGAGUUUGCCCCAAAACGCCUGCUUAUACAACGUUCCCCGAUCCUUGCGGCCCCCCAUUACAUGUCUGUCUGUAGGGAUGAAGAAGAUUGUCACCACCCACAAUGAGAAGUUCAUUAGGAUUUGGAGAUUCCAGGAUAACAUUUAGGGCACGUUAUAUUUUAUUUUUUAUGAUGUUAGUUAUGUGAUUACUUAGAUAAUCAUAUAAUUAAGAUUAUGUAUAACUUUAGAUAAUCAUAUAAUUAAGAUUAUGUAUCAUAACUUAAACUAAACAAGAUAAUUUAAACUAAA